AUGCUUGUUAUUGCUUAAUUAGCCACAAACAGAAACAUUAAGACUUAUUUGCUUGCCCAAUUGUUUAAUAUGGCAGUGGCACAAUACUCGGCUCUUGCUCUGAUUGCGUUUCUGGUUUCUCCGAUCAUGGUGAUGGUGAUGGCAAAUUCAUACGAAGUUGACUGGGCAACUGGAGUUGAUUUCGCUGAGUUUGCUACUCAGAACACUUUCUUUGCUGGAGAUGUAUUGAAUUUUCAUUAUGAUAGAGUUCAUAACAAUGUGGUUAUAGCAACCGAUGGUGAUGAAUUUGAUCAAUGCGAGAUGGAACCGAACUUGGGUUAUUAUCAAAGUGGCAAUGAAGCAUUUACCUUGGGUGAAGCUGGAUACUAUUAUUUCAUGUGCGGGUAUCACUGCAAAUCUGAUGGCAUGAAAAUGUCAGUGUUUGUGAAGUAGAUAUUUGUAACAGUUGAAUGGCUGUGAGAUCUCAGAAUUUCGGCUUUGUAUUUAAAUAGGAAAAAUAAUUUCAAGCUAUUUUUGCUUGUUAAAAUCU